AUGAAAUUCGCGAUCUUUGCCUGUGUGGCCGCCGUGGCCGUCGCCGCACCCCACCGCGAUCAGUCCGCUGAAGUGAUCGAGUUCAUUCCUAUCCUGAGGGACGAUCGCGUCCACGAGGACGACGGAAGGUACAACCUGGACGUAGAGACUGCCAACGGAAUCUCCAUGUCCCAAUCAGGCUCUCCUGACGGUCCAGACGGCGCCAUCGUCAAAGCAGGCCAAUACUCUUACACCGCACCUGACGGUUCUCUGAUCGAGAUCAAGUUCGUGGCCAACGAGAACGGUUUCCAGCCCCAGGGCGCCCACCUACCUGUGGCUCCCGAGUUCCCCCACCCUAUCCCUCAGUUCGUCCUGGACCAGAUCGCCUUCGCCGCCGAGGAAGACGCCGCCCGUGAACGUGCUGAGGCUCAGGCUUCCGCCCCCGCGCCCACCAGGCUGUACGGCCAACCUCACAUUUACAAAGAUAUUCUCACCAAAAGCAUUAUCUCUGUGGUUGAUGUUCUCAGUGAACAGAUCUCCAAAUUAAGAAAUCCAGUAAUUUUAGAUCUCGACCCGGAACAAAUUCGCACAAAAGCUUUCUCUUCAAAAAUCUUUCAGAAUGAACGUCUUGACAAACAUGCUAAAAGUCCCCGAAAAUUCAGGCACGGGAUCAUCCCGAAAUUUAGGAAAACACGCAUGAGGUGCCUCGUUACAGCAUGA